AAAGGGACAGAGAGUGCCUUCUGCAUUUCCUAACGGUGGGGUUGACGUGCAAGCGGCAGAGCUUUGGAAGGCUGGUCACGAUGCAGGUGCUUCUCCCAUGCAGCCGGCUGGUCCUGGCUCUCGCCCUCAUCCUGACUUUGGACUCUUCAGUUCAAGGUUUACCUGUGCGGAGAGCCAGGUACCAGAGGGUCCGCUGUAAUCCCGACAGUACUUCUGCAAACUGCAUUGAUGAAAAGGGACCACUGUUCGACCUACUUCCAGGCGAAUCCAACAGAAUCCUCCCGCCAAGGACUGACCCUUUUUUAAUGAUGCAAUUCCAGAACUUGAAUGAUGUCUUCCCUCUUUCUGAGGACUAUUCUGGAUCAGGCUCUGGCUCCGGCUCAGGCUCUGGAAGUGGCUCUGGAGAUGGCUUCCUCACUGGAAUGGAGAGUGAAUACCAACCAUCAUUUGUGGAUACAAAUGAUGCUUUUUUUUACAACUUUAAGCCUGUGCCCACAGAUGACCAGGACUUGGGUCAAGAUGGACCAGAAGAGAAUUUUAUUAUAUAGAAGAGAGGGUUUUCCACCUUGAUACCUGCCAAUGCAUUCAGAAUAUUUUCUGUAUCACAGUUAAAUGAUUAAUUUUGGGACAAAAAGUUUUAUAGAAAUGUUAAAACAUCUGAAAAAGAAGUUUAAGUUUUAUCAACUUUUUUCUCAUGAAUUAUUAAAUACUCCUUUACCUAUUA